UCAGAAACGCCGCGAUACCGGGUCUUUGCCCACGACCACCAUGUCCUCCUCCUCCUCCUUUCUUGAUCAGUACGAACCCUUAGACGUUAUAGGAAACGGGUCCUUUGGGAUAAUACGCAAAGUCCGACGAAAAACAGAUGGCCUGAUAUUCGCACGUAAAGAGCUGGAUUUUGAGCGCAUGAACGAACGGGAUCGGAAACAGAUUGUAUCAGAAGUAAAUAUUCUCAAGGAACUUCAUCACGAGCACAUUGUUCGAUAUCAUGACCGUUAUGUCGACCGCGAUGCUGGAAUUCUCUACAUACUCAUGGAAUACUGUGGAGGUGGUGACCUCUCCAACAUCAUUAAGCAGGCGGUCAAACACAAUCGAACUAUUCCAGAGGAGACGAUAUGGAGCUACUUUAUGCAAAUUCUACUGGCCUUGCAUCAUUGCCACCACCCCAAUGCGAAUGGACACGGACGGUCGGGAAGCACAGGUAGCAUGGAGGGAGAUAAAGAGCGAAGAGUGCAGAUAUUACACCGCGAUCUGAAGCCUGACAAUGUAUUCCUGGAUGAGUCCGGCGCCGUGAAGCUCGGCGACUUUGGGCUAUCUAAGGCCCUUGCACAGGCUAGCUUCGCCAACACUUAUGUUGGGACACCAUACUAUAUGUCGCCCGAACUGAUGCAAGAAAAGGCGUACGACUCCAAAUCUGACAUAUGGUCGUUGGGAUGUCUGAUAUUCGAACUAUGCGCGCUGAAGCCACCUUUUCACGAAGCAAAGACGCACAGUGAGCUGAGCAUACUUAUUCGUAAUGGCCGAGUACCACCACUGCCCAAAGGGUUUUCGCAAUCUUUAACCGGAGUCAUCAAGACCAUGCUCAGUCUCAACCCUGCCAUGCGGCCGUCUGCGGCCCAGCUUUUACAACACGAACGCAUAGAGCUUGCAUUCAAAGUUUGGGAGACAGAACGAAUAAUGCAAACUGUCAAAGUUCACAAACACAACAUAAUUUUACGCGAACGCGAGUUUCAUGCCCGGGAAACCAAGUUGGUCGGCCAGCUUGCUUCGCGAGAGGCGGCUCUUCAGACGCGUGAGGCAGGACUUUCCACGGCGAUCAAGCAUGCCAUCGCCGCGCGCGAGGAGGAACUUCGGGUCCUCGUCAAACAGAGAGAAGAAGAGGUAGCAGCAGCCAUUGCGAGACGCGAAGAAGACGUUGCUGCGGCGAUGAGGCGACGAGAGGAAGAGAUCAUUGCCAGCGUCAAUGCGAGGGAGAAGGCGAUAUUCGAAGCUUGGAAAGAACGAGAAGACGCUAUGGAGGCGCGAAUACGAUGGGUGGAGGUACGGGAAAUGGAAUUGGAAGAAGAAGCCAAGAGGGUGGAAGCUGUGAAGAAUGAAGUCGAAGCGAAGAUGCACUCUUGGGAACGGGAAAAAGACAAAGGCAAGAAAGGGCACCACACGCGGCCCUUGGAGGAAGUGAAGAACCUUCUUGAGCCUUUAAGCAGGCUCCAUAUGGUGUACCCGUCCACACCGGCGCCACCGAGACCACAGGCACAGAUGCUCCCGACGCCAGCAUCGGCGAUGCGAGGUGUGGUGCUCACAGACACGGGGGAGCAGCUGGCAACACCGGGACCGAUGCCUGCAGAGCUUUUUGUCAAUACCCCGAAAGUGGGGUUGAACUUUGUUCGUAUAUUCGACUUUGAGGAUGAGUCGGACGAUGGGAAUGAAGAGGAGAGGAGCCCCGUUCCUGUGACACCAAGUCGCAAGCGAGCGUCGAUUUCGACGCGUGAUUCCGCCCUCGCGACGUCAAAAGCCACUGCUUUAUCGAACCCACCACCGACACGACUGCGACGCCCAUCAAUAACCCGGUCGUCGACUUCUUCGUCGAGUUCGACUUCAGAUGGGACAAAGCCUCAGCCACUGCAGCACCCACAUUUGAAGCCUGCGUCGUCUCCGUCUCCGCCUCCGACAUACGAUUUGGCUGAUGAGGAAAACUUACCGAGCCCGUUCCUGAAGAGGGCCGAGCGUGCAAAUAGCACAGGGUCGAAACCGAAGAAGCGACCGAGUAACGGUAACCUUCUCCGAGCGGUUGCUGCGGCGAACUCUGCAGUGCGGAGUAAAUCGACUAAUGAUGCGGUAGCACGACCGUCUGUUGCAAGUGCGCGAAAGGCAGGAGAAGAAGGCGCGUAAAGCGUUGUACAGGACAUAGCACGGAGGGACAUAUCUUUAUUUUAUGGUCGACUUGUUUUCAUGUUGUGCAAUCUGUUCAAUUAUUAGUUCAAUAAUUAUUUUAUUUGUUAUGGAAC